AUGAUGCGCUCCUCCGUCAUCCGGGCCUCCAAGUGCUCGGCUUCGAUCAUCCCAUCGACCGCAACCCGUCAAGCUGCCCGUGUCCCUCGCGCUGCCUCCAUCGUCUGCGCCCAGCAACAACAGACCCGUUCGGCCCACGCCAUCUCUAACCCAACCCUCGCCAGCAUCGAGAAGCGAUGGGAGGACAUGCCCCCCCAGGAGCAGGCCGAUUUGUGGAUGUCGCUUAGGGAUCGCAUGAAGGUCGACUGGAAGGAGUUGACCCUCCAGGAGAAGAAGGCUGCUUACUACAUCGCUUUCGGUCCCCAUGGCCCACGACGACCCCCUCCUGCGGAUGAGGGCCGCAAGGUCUUCCUCAUGACCACCGCCGUUGUCGGCGCUGCCAUUGCUGUCUUCUCUGCUACCCGUCUCUUGGCCAACCCCCAGCGACCGCACACAAUGACCAAGGAGUGGCAGGAGGCCUCAGAGGAGUACUUGAAGGCACAAGGCUCUGAGCCCAUCACCGGCUACAAGGGCAUGUUGGUCCAGUCUCCUCCCGGCAAGAAGGAUGAGUAA